AUGCGUCAAAACUUCCUAUUACCAGCUGCUGCAUGCAGCUUGGCCCCAGUCACCUCGGCUGUGCUCUAUGAUACCGUUAUUCAGACCAAGUACGGCGCAGUCCAGGGCUAUCCGGCCUUCAACAGCACCAAUACCGGCAAUUUGACCCACUGGAAGGACAUAACUGUCUGGAAGGGUAUCCCCUUCGCCGCCACGACUGCUGGUCAAAACCGUUGGAAAGCACCGCAGCCUGCCAGCGCGUGGAAUGGCACCUUAGAUGCGCGCAACUGGGGCAAUGUCUGUCCUUCUGCAACAUCCAGGGACGAUUAUAAGAUCGAUGAGGACUGUCUGAACCUGAACAUAUGGAGCCCCGCAAACUAUACCGACGCACAGCUCCCCGUCGUCAUGUGGAGUUAUCCGGCCAUGUCAACUGCAGCUGAUGCCUUGUUCGAUGGAGGUGGUAUGGCGGACCAGGGCAUUGUCUUCGUCAACUACAACUACCGCACUGGUCCGUUUGGCUGGCUCGCUCAUCCCGAGUUGUCUGCUGAGUUCGAGAAGGUGACGGACUCGAAUAGUUCCGGGAACUGGGGCAUGCUGGACCAAUUCGCAGCACUUAAAUGGAUUCAUGCCAACAUCGAUGCUUUUGGGGGAGAUCCAUCUCGCAUCACCGUCAUGGGCCAGUCGGCUGGAUCUGCUGCCACACAACAUAUUCUCAACAGUAAUCUGACCAGAGGACUCAUUACUGGCGCCAUUAUCGAGAGUGGCGUACGGGAUCCCCGCGACCCGCUGUGUACGAGCCUAGCAGAGGCCUACACCACGCUGAACGACUCGUACGCCACGAGUGCCGAAUACCUGUCUAGUCUGGGAGUAUCCAGUAUUUCCGAUGCCCGCGAGAAGUCUAUGGAAGAGCUCCUCAAUGCAACUACCAGCACUUCUGGCGAUAGCAUCAGCUUCUCGGCUACUCUGGACUACUACGCGAUCCCCGACACCUACUGGAACACCCUGAUCAAGGGCCUAGCACAGGACGUCCCUGUUCUAACCGGCAACACUAAGGAUGAAAACGGCGCUAGCUACGGUCUGAACAUCAGCGUCGCAGAGUAUUUGUCCGAUUUAAACUCAACAUACUCAAGUCCCUGGGAUCAGCGCUUCCUCUCCCUAUAUCCCGCGAAUGACACAACAACAGCCUCGGGAGCAUAUAAUUCCAUGUUUACGGACCGCUCCAAAGUUGGAACCUACUUCUGGUCUCGACUCUGGGCCACCGCGCGCUCGUCCCCGGUCUACAAUUUUUUCUGGGACCAUGCUCCUCCAGGACAAUCCUCCGGUGCUGCUCAUGAGUCUGAGAUUAACUAUGUGCUGAAAAAUCUGUACGCCACGGAUAAGCCUUGGGCCAAAGAUGACUAUACUAUUGCUAGGAAGAUGAACGGGUACUGGGCGAAUUUCAUCAAGACGGGAGAUCCCAACGGUGACGGACUUGUUGAAUGGCUGGCUGUCAACUCGUCUGAACUUGUCCAACAUGUGGGUAAUGGAUGGGGACAGGUUCCUGUUGCCUCCAAGCAGAAGGUGAAGCUUUUUGAGUCUUGGUUCGACACUCUGGAAAAGCACUAG